GGCAGCGUUUGACAGGAGGCUGUCGUCUGCUAACUGGGCUAGCCAGAGCGAGCUAAACAGCGGAUACAAAUUCUCUGUAUUAACUUUAUCGUUAUGUCAGGCUGUGGCAAUGCUGUCGCUGAUUCCUUGUUAUUGACUCCCAGCCCCCCUACGGUCAGAGCUGAGGUGUGGGGUCAAACUUUGGACUAAUGUCAUGCAGUCCUGAUAAAGAGGGGGGUCCACCUGAGUCCCCAAACGUCAACAACCAAGGGCCGCUUGAUAAUCCCUCACGGACUAAAGCUGCAGGGAAAACGCCUGAGAAUCAGGUGUCGCCUACCGUGGAUGGGGCCUCUCCUUGUUCCACAUCCUCUUUUGAGAUGCUUGACAUGGAGUCAGUCCCUGCUCCUUAUCAAGAAGUACAGCCUCAUUGGUUCUUCUGUCGACGGGCUGAUGACAGCACCUCUUGGAGCCCAUUCAGCAGAGAAGACUCUGAAAAACUAGAGAACGCCUGGACCACAGUACAAGAAAAGGAGAAGGAAGUGGUGAUAGCUGUGGAAGGAGAGCGAUAUGACGUGCAUGUUAAGGAGAGGAAGCGCUAUGCUGUGUAUUGGGAGCAAUCUCCCACUGAAGUCCGGCGCUGCACCUGGUUCUAUAAAGGAGACAAGGACACCCGGUUCCUUCCUUAUUCUGAGGACUUCAGCAAAAGUCUGGAGGAUGCCUACAUGAUUGCAGUGACCUUAGAUGAAUGGAAGAGGAAACUGGAGUUUCCCACCGGAGAGACUGUGAUCCUUCACAAUCCCAAACUAAUCAUGCAGUAUCAGCCAAUAGGAUUGCAGGAUGAGUGGGUGGCAUCCCCCUCAGAGCAGACUCGGCCUCGAACUGUGAAGAGGGGAGUGGAGAACGUCUCUGUAGAGAUACCUGAUGGGGAACCAGAUAAAGUGGACCAUCUUGUCUUUAUGGUCCAUGGCAUCGGUCCUGCCUGUGACUUGCGCUUCAGAUCCAUCAUACAGUGUGUUAAUGACUUUCGGAGUGCUUCCUUAUCCCUCCUGGCAUCUCAUUACAAACGAGCUCAGCAGGAUGGCGUCAUAGGUAGAGUUGAGUUCUUACCUGUCAACUGGCACAGUGCUCUACAUGGUGAUGCCACUGGUGUGGAUGAGGACAUCCAGAGGAUCACUCUCCCCAGCAUCAGCAGGCUCAGACACUUCACCAAUGACACCCUGCUAGACCUGUUUUUCUACAACAGCCCCACCUACUGCCAGACUAUAGUGGACACCGUUUCAUCAGAGAUCAACAAGCUGCACACCCUGUUUAAACAGAGACACCCAGAGUUCAAAGGGGCAGUUUCAGUCGUUGGACAUAGUCUAGGGUCAUUGAUCCUGUUUGACCUGCUAACCAAUCAGAGGACUGGAUCAGAAGCCAGUGAUGGGGUGCCCUCUAAUGAGUCUGUGUGUCUGAAUGGUGCCACACUGGAGCAGAUUCUCACCAGACUGGGCCUUCAGCAGUAUCUGGAAACACUAAAGGCGGAGAACCUAGAUCUGGAAUCACUGGCUCUUUGCCAAGACAGUGAUCUCAAAGAUUUAGGAAUCCCUCUUGGACCUCGUAAGAAGAUACUGAAUUAUGUCAAGAGGAAGUGGCUUCCGGAGGAUUGUAGAGCAGGAGCACUUCGUCUGGCACCAGGGUUGCAAGCCCCACCACCUGAGACCUGUGAUACCGAUGGAAACCAGCCUUCAGGACUGACGUCGCCACAGUCCCAGUUCCACAGGGCACAGUCCAUCACCAGUGCUGUGGACUAUGAAUACUUUGACAUGGGCAUUGGACAGGUUUCCAUAGAUUACCCACAACUGGCUUUCCACCCUCAAACUUUUUUUGCCUUCGGCUCUCCUAUUGGAAUGUUCCUGACUGUCCGUGGGCUCAAACACAUCGACCCAAACUACAGCUUCCCCACCUGCAAGAGCUUUUAUAACAUCUACCACCCAUACGACCCUGUGGCCUAUCGAAUAGAGCCCAUGAUUGUGAGAGAGGCAGACCUGGAGCCCAUGCUAAUCCCUCACCAUAAGGGCCGCAAGAGGAUGCACCUAGAACUAAAGGACAGCUUGACCCGUAUGAGCAUGGAUUUGAAAAACAAUGUUCUGGGAUCACUGAGGACGGCAUGGCAGUCCUUUGCAAGACUACCGGUUGCUGCUUUACCUCCUGUAGAGGAAGGAGAAAAUACAGUGGAGACAGAUCUACAGGAGACACAUGCAACAACAACAGUGUGUGAGGAGGCAGAGCCCUCAUCGCCAGCAGAGCAAACAGAGCAGCCUGAGAUUAAAGUGGGCAUGUUGAACGGAGGACGGAGGAUCGACUUUGUACUUCAGGAAAAACCCAUCGAGAGCUUUAAUGAAUACUUGUUUGCAAUCCAGUCUCAUCUGUGCUACUGGGAGUCUGAGGAUACAGCUCUCCUGCUACUGAAGGAGAUCUAUGACAAGCAAGGUGUGGCCUUUGAACAGCCACAACAGUAAUGAAGUUUUACAAAUGUAGACUUGUUUUUUUUUUCUGUUUGUUUUUUUCAACAUGACUGUUACUGUGACAUGAAAGUCAUAAGAUAUGGAGAGCUGACAGAGCCAGAGGCUGCACAAUCCUCUUCCAGAAUGCCUUACAGUCAGGGUGAAACUACACUUGACUGCCCCACCCUCCCCUCAUAGUGGUGACUGUUGGGCUGCAGUCAGGUGAUCGUGGUUCAAAUAUGCCAGUCAACCUGAAUUCCUGAGGUAAAAAGGACUCUUUUGGUGCUGGUGAAACAGCCACUGCAGGACCUGGUCUGAUGUCAGAACGUUGUCUCAGAUUCCACCCAAAUAACACUGUUGUGCUCCUUGUUGCACUUUUUGUUCCAUUUGAGGUCAUUAUUUACUUUACUUUGCACUUUUUGUACCAACAGUUGUCUACAUAUCAUGCAUAUAACUGCAGCUCUGUAAUAUUGGUACAUACAGACCUGCAUCGUUAUGAAAAACAGAUAAGGCUAUAUAUAAAUUACUAUAUUAACUAUAUUAAUUUUAGAUCAUAUCAUGCCUGACCUGGCAUUUUAUUACAAAAUUAUACUUAAAUGGCCAGAACAGAACUUUAAUAUUGUACUAAAGAAUGACACUGAAACUAAGUAUAUGGUAUAGUGCAGUGUUUCUCAACUGGUGGGUGGGGCCCCAAAAGUGGGUUGCAGAGCUCUUUUCAGUGGGUCGCAGAUGUGUGCCUGGGGAAGAAAUGCACCAAAUUGUCUAUGAGACUCUAUAAAACAUGCAUGCUUGGUCAUGUUUCAUUGUUUUGUUAUGCCUUUUGUACUCUCUUUGGCCCAAGCUCUACUAUUUUUUGUUGAAUACAUCUGAUUGCCCAGCAAAAUCUCCAACAUUUGGGUUGCAAUUCUCCUGAGGAGUUGAUGGUGGGUCCCGUGUCUCAAUCAGUUGAGAACCACUGGUAUAGUGUUUGUCUAACAGGUUAACAAUUCUAGUUAACUUUAAAAUAAAAAACCCUUCCCUCUGCCAAAAAUUGUAUCAUUAAUCAGGUCCAGAGAUAUCUUUUAACACAUAAAAUGUUUACUUUCUCAUCAGGGAAAUGAAGGUUAUUUUUGCAUUACAAGUCCUCCUGGCAGCUGCAUUUUCUGUGUAUCAACACUGAGGCCACUUGAAAGCCAAAGCUGCUACACAUUUGUACACUGCAACAAUAAUGUUAAAGUCACUCCAUUUCUCAUUUCACACAUGUUCCUGUCCUAUACUCAUAUAAUCCUUAAAUCUAAGUUUACCUCACACUCUUUUCACUCUGCAAAAUCAAUUUUAGUUUGAUCAUAUCUGCACAUGUCUAAAAGAAGUAAUCCUAAUGAAGGUUUUUGUCAGAAAUGGAGUAGAACAUGCUUGAAUUGACAAGCUGGUUGUCUUUUCUGUCUGCAUGUACUUCAUGAGUGCAAGGAUAGUAUGUACUGUAUGUUAUAGCAGUGUGCAAACUGCACUGAAGGACCGACUCAACUUCUUAUUUACUCCAAAGUCCAUGUUAUUAAUCUGCACCAUUUAAUUCUCUCUGAUGUUUUUUCUAGGUAAGCCAAAAAUAAUCCUUUAAUUCCUCACAAGAUUUUUAUCAUUUUAUUCUAAAAGAUGGUUCAUCCAAUUAUAGACUGGCAUCUCUCCUAAGACUUACUUUUCCAUAAUUCAAGGGCCAAAUGACGUAUAUUCUCUUCUUUUUCCUUGUUUCAGGAAACGGUGAACCAAUCUUUGCUGUUUGUACUGCAUGCACUUCUUUUUAGCAUAAGAGCAGGGUUUCUCAACAGUUUCUGCCUCUGACCCAGUUCUAAGGGCCCAAAAUGUUCAUAACUCUCAUGGAACCAGCAUUAGCAUAGUUGUCACAUUAAAAUCAUGUAAAUUCUUUAUAAUGUGCAUGAUAAUUGUAUUAUAUAAAGCUCAUAUUUCAAAGCAAAUCAAUUAUUUUUUAGCAAAAUAACUAUGUGAAUGAAGUAUUAAUUUAUCUAUGUUAGAAAUCUUAAUUUGCACUUUCAAAUCAACAACUUAGGGUCCAGACUACAAAGUUGAGAAACUCUGUGUAACUGUAAUUUGACUUUAAAGUGACUUUAUGUUAUGUGCUAUGAGGGCAGCUCAGCCCCCACCACCAUGAAUGACACGUGUCUCACCCCUUUUGGAGUACCAUCUGCACAGUAGAUGACUUUGUUCAUUUUUCCUCAUUCAGAAAUGCACUGAACAAUUAUCAAUCACAAUGAUGCUUCCUUGAAGCUCACAAUUGUCUCUGAUAUAUCAUUUUUGUGUCAAAACAGUAUGGCUGAAUGAUCCCUGACUCCACUUUUUCAACAUUACUACGGAUAUGCACUGACCAAAAAUACAAUUGUUCUCCUUUCUAACUGAAUAACCUAUACGUAUGGUUACAU